AUGAGCGAAAUUGCCAACAGUGAAGGAGCUUCAGAGUCUGAGAAGCCGGUUUCGAAUGACGGUGUAAUAUUCCCGCCUUUCCCAGAUCCCAAUGAUGAUGACUUUGAUGAUGAUAUUGAGGAAGAAGAGAGAAGUCACUACAAAACGGUUUUUAAAGACCUCAACUCUUUAAAGACUAUGAAAUUACAUUGUACAGCUUGUGAUCGUCAUCUAGGAUGUGCAGCACGCAAUGAAUCCCGUAUGCGUGCUCAUCCAAUGCUUCGCACUCUCGUCUGCCAUACUUGUCACAUUUUCUACAACAGUGGAGAAUUUGAGAAGGGUGAUGAUGGUUCUGAGCUGUAUUGUAGAUGGUGUGGUCAAGGUGGACAAGUUUAUUGUUGUUCUGACUGCCCUCAUGUGUUUUGUGCGAAAUGUGUCAAGCGUAAUUUUGGAGUAUCAAAAGCCAAAGAAAUUGAAAAUGUAGACGAUUGGAAAUGUUUUAAAUGCAAUAACAAAUGUCUGUGGGACCUCCGUGCACUAUGCUGGGCAGUUUUACGUUACUGUGACCUCAAAAAUAAAAUGGCACACCAAGCUCAAGAUCCAGAAUUAAAAGAAGCAUAUAAAAAGGAUUGCUCUGUAGAUUAUUCUGAAUGUUGCAAAAACAAAUCAAAGAGAAAUCAGAAAACAGAAACUACAAAACGGAAGGAAAUCAAGAAGGAAUCAGAUGUAAAGUCAAACACAGAUGCAAAGGCUACUUCUAAUAUAAUAUCUAAAAUUUCACCAACUAUACAGGUCAAAAAAUUUGCUUCUGUAAAUAUGGAAGAUGUAAAGCAAGAAAAAAAGGCUCAAAAGAGAUCUAUAAGUCCCAAAAACAAAGCAGUUUUAGUAAAAACUCCAAUAAAUAUUGCACCAAAUACAAAGAUAGUGAACUCCGUUAGUAUGUCACCUCUUCCCAAAAGGGUGAAGUUGCCUCCAUUAUUAGUGAACAGUGCUAUACGAGUCAUAAAUGACCGGAACAAGCCGUUUACCUAUACUCGCAUUAAGCCUAAAACACCUCAAGCAGUGAUUGGCAACUUCAAUGGUUUUAAUCCAACUAUCUACACUGCUGAUAAUAUUAAUUUAUCAUUGGAAAAUCUAACUCAGGGAUUAGACAUGACAAAUAUGGCUAAUUUAAGCGGUAAUUCACAAGACGACGACGUUGUAUGCACUCCAGACUUUCCACUGGAGCCUUUGUGUGAGGUUACUGAGGACAAUGAUGAUGAUGUCCAGUGCAUUACGCCGGGUCCUGUUGUUCCACCAAAGCUAAGCAACCCUCCUCCUUUAGUACCCCGCACAUUAAAUAAUCCACCAGAUGUAACAUCAGAUAAUGUUGUUCAAAUGACUGAUAACGAUGUUACCGUAAACACAGCCACAGGUGGAUUAAAAUUCCGUGUGGACCCUCAAACUUUAUCAUCAAAUAAGAUGUAUCGCCUACCGGAUGGCCGCAUAUUUGCUAUUAAUUCAAAUCCUGCUAUGCCAGGCGGAUAUUCCGCUACUAUAGUAGCAGUCGCCGAAGCAACUGGUAAAACGAUAUCGAAAGGCGCCACAUACGCAGCUAAACUUAGCUCGGUCGCUCCUUCACCCGUAGUGACUCCCAAAGCAGUCCGGAAUGUGCCUCGCAUUUUAAAACGUAGCACACCAAAAGCUACCAUUUCCAAAAUAAAAACCCCCGAUAAACCAUCUUCUAGACGUUGCGAUUUAAAUGUUCCAGUAGAAUGGUAUAGAUACAAUUUAGUUGAUGCAGUUGAUACUUUGGAAUAUGCUCUCUCUAGACUUAAUAAAUUGAAAAAAGAAGCUACGACUGUCUUCUUACGUACUCGAACAGUUGAUGAAAUGCGGACUAUUCAUAGAAGUUUAGAGAGGUUGCUGAAUACGUCAUCUAGUAGAUUUACUGAAAUCCGUGAAAAUCUAAAUAAGGGUUUUAAACAGUAUCUUACACGGAAGUCAGGUGGUAAUAGUGAAGAUGACGAUGACGUAGAAAUAUUACCAGAUAUGGAAGUUAAUGAUGAUCCUAUAUUUAUAGACGAAAAUUCUGUCGAAUCUAUUAAUGGCUCCGAACAUCAAGAGGUAGAUUUAACAAGUGUUGGUAGUGAGUACAAUGAUAGUGAAGAAAAUAAUAAAAGUGAUAACUUUUCCAAAAGUGUAACCGAUCCUUUAAAUGACAAUGAACCUAUUGAACAUAAUGAUGCACUAGCAGUUAUAAGUCACAAAAAUAACUGUGUGGAUGUCCCAGUAAAUGCAAUAAACAUAAAAAGCAGUGCAAACAAUAAUGGAUUAAGUAGUGGCAUAGUUAAAGACACUGAAAAAGACUUGAGAGAGGAAAAUGAAACAAAAAAUAAUGUUCAAGACAAUGCCACUAUGGAUAUUAGUGAAAACGAACCUGAAAAGGUCAUUCAAGAACAAAGUAGUACUGUAACUGAUGUUCCUGUUACGAAAACAGAAAAUGAAAUGAUAGUAAAUCAAAAAGAUAACAUUGAUAUAGAUGAAGAAACUGACUCCAAUGCAGACACAAUUAAAACUGACAAUAUAGACAAAGAAGAUACACCACCGAUCAGCAACAGUUUGGAAUGUACAGAAAAAUCUGAUGAAAGGAAUGGUCUACAAAAUGAAGAUGAAGAUGAAAAGAAUUUAAAUAAGGUAGCUGAAGAAAAGGAUGGUGGUAUAAAUAAUAAUGAUUUAAAUGAUAAGGCUGAUAAUCAAGAUAGUGAUGAUAGACUGCAUGAUACGGAAAUGAGUGAAGAGAUGAUUGAAACAUUGUUGAAGGAUGAUGUAGGAGAUGAACAGGGCACCAGUUUGAAAACUGAAGAUUCUUCAGAAAUAUUAGAAGAAACCUAA